AUGAGUGAAAGAGGAGGGAUUUCGCUUUUAUUUGAUACACUGGCUGGGCGCGGGGAAACCACUGCCUUUAUCUGUGCACGGUGCAGGCUGUGUUGUUUAGUUUCGUUGAAAUAAUGUCCAAAACUGUGGCGUUGGUUACCGGUGCCAACAAAGGCAUUGGACUGGCGAUCGUACGGGGACUUUGCAGAGCUGGUUUUCCGGGUGAUGUGGUCGUGACUGCUAGAAACGAGAAGCUUGGACGAGAAGCGGUAGAUAUGUUGCGAGAGGAGGGCUUGGAGACGGUUUUCCACCAACUUGAUAUCUGCGACCAGACCAGCAUCGAGCGUCUCAGAGACUUCUUGCAAAAUACAUACGGAGGAUUGGAUGUACUUGUUAACAACGCGGGAAUCGCUUACAAGAACAAUGCCGUCGAGCCUUUCGGAGAGCAGGCUGAGGUGACCAUGCGCACCAACUUUUGGGGCACCCUGAAAGUGAGCCGUGCGCUACUCCCGCUGCUGCGGCCCAACGCCCGGGUAGUCAACGUGUCCAGCUUUGUCAGCAAGACUGCUCUUGACCAGUGCAGCCCUCAGCUUCAGGCAAAGUUCCGUGAUGCUGAGCUCUCCGAGGAGGAGCUGUGUUCCCUGAUGGAGGGGUUUGUGAAAGCAGCCCAGCGGGACAAACACAAGGAAGAGGGGUGGCCCGGCACUGCUUACGGCACCACCAAGAUUGGUGUGACAGUGUUGUCCAGGAUCCAGGCCCGCAUUUUGUCCCAGACCCGGGGGGCUGACGGCAUCCUGCUGAACGCCUGCUGUCCUGGCUGGGUCCGCACGGACAUGGCGGGGCCCAAGGCCACCAAGAGCCCUGAGGAAGGGGCAGUGACGCCCGUUUACCUGGCCCUGCUGCCCCAGGGCGAGAAAGAGCCCCACGGCCAGCUGGUCUGGGACAAGGAGGUCCGUGAGUGGUAGGGUGGUGGUCCAUUUAGAAGACUGUCCGUGUUAGGAGUAGGGGCAAUUGUUUUUUUUAAGCUAGCAGAUUCAUAAUCGUUUAGAAAAAAACAUUUUGUUCAGGAGGCUCUUAGCUGUUUCUGAAUAAGGCUCUAGAUUUAUGAUAGCAGACACCUAUAAUAGCCCUGUUAACACUUUCAGACUGGAGAGCCUCACAGUGAUCAUUAAACCUCAAUGACAGUGGCUGUGUCUCAAGUUGCAGACUUGUGGGCUAGUUAGCGCGUAAAUCAAGCCCAGAAGUUAACGGUUAUGUGAUCAAGUGCGUCCCAAACCCAAGUACAAAAACUGGCAAGUGCACAUCGAAUUCACCGGAAGAUUUUUCUUGUUGUACUUGGGAGCAAACUUUCCAUUCCCAGAAGUCAUUGCUUUUUCUGAGCCCACAGCAAAGAAGAAAUUGGAAUUCUAAAUAUACAAUCAACUGUAAAGGAAUGAAGGCUAUCUAGAUAAAAAUACAAUGCUGCAGCUAAUUACAUUUUACAUUUUAGUCAUUUGGCAGACGGUUUUAAUCCAAAGCGACUUACAAGUGCAAAUGCAGGUUUAAGGGCCUUAUUGCGGAUCUUAUUGUGGCUACACUGGGGAUCGAACCACCAACAUUGCGUGUCCCAGUCAUGUACGUUAACCACUACGCUACAGGUCGCUCCCCAAUGAGGGCAUAUAACUAAUGCUAGCUAAUGUCACUGAUAGGAGAUGAGUACUGUUAGCCGUGAAUAUCACACGGCUAGUCUUUACCUUAAUUUACAAACUGCUAAGCAUUUCACCCUUUUCAAUUUAUUAAUAAAAAUAUACCAACAUAUGUUCACAUAUGUUCAAUAUACCACACUUGUAAGUUAAGUCUAUAAGAACACAAGUGCACAGGUACACAAGUUUGCAAUUUGAGACAGCCAUUGUGCGUUAUUCAGUCUUAAGGGAAUCACUUGGUGUAUUUUUUUCUUAUUUUUGAAGUUUUCUUCUUACCAAUGUUGUCCUAGGCUUGCUUUUCUGGAGAUUGUAAGAUGAGGUGUGCUUUAAAACCUAUUGUGAGAAAUGUGAAGCGUACCAUACAGACGCAUUUUAUUCGAUUCAAUUUGAUUUGUUUGUAUUUGAGUGGAACCUGAAGUGGGAUGCUUGAUCACUUUGGGAAUUAAGUCAAUCAGAAUGCCAAUACAUAUCAUGAAUGUCAAUAAAUAAAGCAGUUUUUUUAAAAA